GGAUAUGUUAAGUUCUAGUUUAUGUUUUCCGGAGAAGUAGUGAAAAAGUGGGAAAGGCACUUGUCUUGUUCUACUCGUCAGAUCGAAUCGAUAUCAUAGAGCGUGCUGGUCACUUACUUGCUGUUUUACGCAUUAAAGGAUAUGGCCACAGAUUCUGUUGAGUUGUACAUAAAGGCAAAUGCCAAAGAUGGAAAGGGCGUUGGAGAUUGUCCAUUCAGUCAUCGUAUUAUGAUGAUUCUAAAACUAAAGGAAAUAGCUGGUAGUUACAUUCCUGUUCAUUUCCACCCUAUCCCACAAGCAUUUAAAACGUUUUGCCAAGAAGCAGGUGUUCCCAUCAAGGUUCCAGUUUUAAAACAUGGGGAAUAUGUUGUGUACAACCCUAACGAUAUCGCAUACUACAUAGAUAAAGAAUGGCCGGAACCGGUUUUAAAAAGCGAAAACGAAAUGGCAAACAAAGUUGGAGGAAAUCUAUUUCCAAGAUUUUCUGGUUGCUUGCGAAAUCGCGACCCAAGCCUCGACGAAAAGCUUCAGAAUUCAUUGGUAGACGAGUUAAAGAAAAUAAAUAACUUUCUUGGAUCUGUAAACUCACCUGGAAAGUUUUUAGAUGGUGAUGAGUUGAAACAUCCGGAUUGUGACAUUCUUCCAAAAUUGCAACAUGUCAAAGUUGCUUUAAAAAAGUACAAAAACUUUGAAAUCCCAGAUUAUCUUACAGAUCUAAAGAAAUACAUGGAUGACGCUUUAGAGGAUCCAGCAUUCAGCACCACGUGUCCACCUGACGAUGCUAUUAUUGAGGGUUGGAGAAAACAUUUUUAUUAAACAUUUUUUUUAAAGAGAACAGAUAUAUUUAUGAUCUAUUUUGUUUGCAUUCAAACACACACACGAAAAUGUCAAGGUGCUGGCUAUCAUUGUUGUUAAAGACUUCGUUUAGGAACAGGUCUUGUUGUAAUAUGGUAAAUAUUUAUAAAUUAUAUAAUAAGUUUGUAAUUUGAAAUCAACAUUUAAUUUUUAUUACUUGUGUUUUAUAAAACAAAUCGCGAAUAAAAUAGACUUCUCUUGAUGCUUAAAAUUUCAGAACAGUUAUUUCUGUUUUUACGGUGACAAUUAUUAAGAAACUGAAAUAAUUUGGGUCAAAUUCUGGAGGAUGAUUUUUUACUUUUCGGUAUGUUAUUGAGAAUGAAGUUUCUUUUUUUCUUCUUUUUAUAAAAUAUAUUUCUGUUCCGUAUUUUCUCAGUAAAACAUUUUUUGAAAAGAUAACUUUAUCCUA